GUGUGGUAAAUCGAACACUGCGUUCAAUAUUCAAGUGAUUCGUUUGUCUUGAUGCUACUCCGAAUUAAAAUAAGGACGUGACAAGUCCUUUCAAUGUGCUGAUAUUUAAAAAAGUUAAUAUUUGUGCGUAUUGACUAUCGAUGUGUUGAGCUUCACCAGUUGAUAGUAGGGAAUCUGUGGUUCAGUAAAGUGACAGAAUUCAGACUUUGGUCCAGUGGAGAAAUUAUUCUAACGUUCUUUACUUUAAUGGUACCGCAAUGAAUUUUUUAAGUCUAUUGUAUAUCUUUUUUGUGUUGUAGUUUAAGCACAGUUACAGUCUCAAGGUGUUUAAUAAUUCAUCAGUCACCUGCUGUAGGCUACACAUCUUCACUGUAGUGAGGGCAGUGCGGUUAUGUUGUGGGGUUCAUAUCGAUGGUCUAUGACGUCCAUAAUGCUUUAGUGUGACGCAGUCACAAAGAUCUUCUCUCUCAAUAAACAGCUAAAGUUCAAAAGGCAAUUGAAGUGAUGGAUGAGUUUGCUUUGUCUCCAGUCUACUAUGGAUGAGGAGAGAGAAGAGGGGGGUCCUACCUCUAAGACCACUCUGUCUGGGGAACAUGGCCGCCGGAGCAAAUCUAAGAGCCCAGAGAAGCAGGAGAGAACAGACCCCCCUGGACCCAGCUGUGUCUCCAUGAAGAGUGGCUGGUCUAUGGAUAAUCCUCUUAGUUUUAAAGAUGGAAAUCAGUCUAUCAAGAAGAGAGUCCAGCAGGAGAGAGCAGACUCCCCUGGACCCAGCUGUGUCUCCAUGAAGAGUGGCUGGUCUAUGGAUGUACCAUUGGUGUUUAAAGAUGGACGCCCCUCCAGAGAGGAGAGCCCAGAGCAGCAGCAGAUAACAGAUUCCCCUGGACCCAGCUGUGUCUCCAUGAAGAGUGACCGCUCUAUGGAUGUACCAUUGGUGUUUAAAGAUGGACGUCCCUCCAGAGAGGAGAGACACCAGAUGACGUCAAAGGUUACCAGUGCUCAGUCUCUGCAACAUCAAACAGAGCUGAUCAAGAGGGCUGAGGAGAACGCACACGCUUUUCUAGACAAGGAGCUGAAGAAGCUCUGGAGGGAUCUCUUCUCAGAUUACCCACAAUGCUCAGAGAGUCAGAGGGAGGAGGAGGAGGAGGUGGAUGGUAAGAAGGAGGAGCAGAGGAGGCGCGCCAUAGAGGGAGUGGUGGACAUCACAAUCCUCUGCCUGAUGGAAAUGAACCAGGAGGAACUGGCCGACACACUGUGGGGCGGAGCUGCUGCUGUCGAGUGCCAACAUAAAAUCAAGUCUCAUUUGAAGAAAAAUUUCUCGUGUGUGUUUGAGGGAAUCGCUAAAGCAGGUCAUUCAACACCUCUGAAUGAGUUCUACACAGAGAUCUUCAUCACAGAGAGAGGCAGUGGAGAGGUCAACAAGGAACAUGAGGUCAGACGGAUUGAAACCGCUUCCAGGAAACCAGCCAAUGAAGGAACACCAAUCAAAUGUGCCGACCUCUUUAAACCCUUACCUGGACACGAUCAACCAAUCAGGACAAUAAUGACAACUGGAGUGGCCGGUAUUGGUAAAACCAUCUUAACACACAAGUUCAUCCUGGACUGGGCUGAAGAACAAGCCAACCACGACAUACACUUUACAUUUCUCCUCACUUUCAGAGAGCUGAAUUUACUGAAAGGAGAACAAUUUAGCUUGGUGGAACUUCUUAAUCACUUCUUUAUUGAGACCAAAGAAGCAGGAAUCUGCAGAUACGACCGGUUCCAAGUUGUCUUCAUCUUGGAUGGACUGGAUGAGUGUCGACUUCCUCUGGACUUCCAGAACAACAAGAUAUGGAAUGAUGUCACAAAGUCCACCUCGGUGGACAUGCUGCUGACAAACCUCAUCAGGGGCCACCUGCUACCCUCUGCUUGCGUCUGGAUAACCACACGCCCUGCGGCAGCCAAUAAGAUCCCUGCUCAUUGUGUUGACAUGGUGACAGAGGUGAGAGGGUUCACCGACCAACAGAAGGAGGACUACUUCAGGAAGAGAUUCAAAGAUGAGACGCUGGCCAGCACAAUCAUCACCCACGUCAAGAAAUCACGAAGCCUCCACAUCAUGUGUCACAUCCCAGUAUUCUGUUGGAUCACUGUUACAGUCCUGGAGGACUUCUUCAAAACAUCCCAGAUAGGAGAAGAGACGCCCAAGACCGUGACUCAGAUGUACAGCCACUUCCUGAGGGUUCAGUCCAUACAGGGGGACAGGAAGUAUCGUUUGUUAACUGAAACAGACACAAACUGGACUGCACAGAGCAGGGAGAUCAUUGUUUCUCUGGGAAAACUGGCUUUUAACCAGCUGGAGAGUGGCAACCUGAUCUUCUACGAGGCAGACCUGGUAAAGUGUGACAUUGAUAUCAGAGCAGCCUCAGUGUACUCAGGAGUGUUCACCCAGAUCUUUAAAGAGGAGUGUGGGCUGUACCUGGACAAGGUGUUCUGCUUUGUCCAUCUGAGCCUCCAGGAGUUUCUGGCUGCUCUUUAUGUCUUUUGGUCCUUCAUCCACAAUGGUGUCAAUCUGCUCUCAGAAGAACCACCAACCUCCAGUGAAGAUGAACUCCUCCUCUACCAGAGUGCUGUGGACAAGGCCUUACAGAGUGAGAACGGACACCUGGACUUGUUCCUCCGCUUCCUCCUGGGCCUCUCUCUAGAGACCAAUCAGAUUCUCCUACGAGGUCUGCUGGGACAGACAAUAAGUAGCUCACAGACCAACAAGGGAACAGUGUCUUACAUCAAGCAUAAGUUAGAUGGUAAUCUCUCUCCAGAGAGAAGCAUCAAUCUGUUUCACUGUCUGAAUGAGCUGAACGACCGUUCUCUAGUGGAGAAGAUCCAACAGUCCCUGACAUCAGGAAGUCUCUUCGAAACAGAUGUCUCUCCUGCUCAGUGGUCAGCUCUGGUCUUCAUCUUACUGACAUCAGAAGAGGAGCUGGACAUGUUUGACCUGAAGAAAUACAAAGCUUCAGAGGAGGGUCUUCUGAUGCUGCUGCCAGUGAUCAAAGCCUCCAAAAGAUCACUGCUGAAUGGCUGUAAUCUGACAGAGAGAUGCUGUGAAGCUCUGGCCUCAGUUCUCAGCUCCAACUCCUGUAGUCUGACAGAGCUGGACCUGAGUACCAAUUAUCUGCAGGAUUCAGGAGUGAAGCUGCUCUCUGCUGGACUGGGGAGUCCACACUGUACACUGGAAACUCUCAGGCUGAAUGGCUGUCAUCUGUCAGAGAGAUGCUGUGAAGCUCUGGCCUCAGUUCUCAGCUCCAACUCCUGUAGUCUGAGAGAGCUGGACCUGAGUACCAAUGAUCUGCAGGAUUCAGGAGUGAAGCUGCUCUCUGCUGGACUGGGGAGUCCACACUGUACACUGGAAACUCUCAGCUUGUCUGGCUGCCUGGUCACACAGGAAGGCUGUGCUUCUCUGGCCUCAGCUCUGAGCUCCAACCCCUCCCAUCUGAGAGAGCUGGACCUGAGCUACAAUCACCCAGGAGACUCUGGAGCUGCGCUGCUCUCUGCUGGACUGGAGGAUCCACGCUGGAGACUGGACACUCUCAGUGUGGAGCACGGUGGAGUGUGGAGGCUGAAACCAGCUCUAAAGAAGUAUGCCUGUGACCUCACACUGGACCCCAACACGGCCCACAGAGAACUCUCUCUGUCUGAGGACAACAGGAAGGUGACGCGGGUUGGAGAGGACCAGUCGUAUCCGGAUCACCCAGAGAGAUUUGACUCCUGGCCUCAGGUGUUGGGUAGAGAGGCUCUGACUGGCCGCUGUUACUGGGAGGUAGAGUGGGAUGGACGUGUUGAGAUAGGAGUGACAUACAGAGGAAUCACAAGGAGAGGAGAGGGUAAAGUCAGCCAGCUUGGAGGGAACAACAAGUCCUGGAGUCUUUAUUGUUAUGAUGGUCGUUACUCUGCCUGGUACAACGGUACAGAGACAGUCCCCCCUCUCCACCCCGCUGGCUCCACCAGAGUAGGAGUGUAUCUGGACCGGCCUGCUGGGUCUCUGUCCUUCUACAGAGUGUCCCCAGGUGGAGGAGGGUCCUCAGACACACUGACACGCCUCCACACCUUCUGGUCCUCCUUCACCCAGGAGGACCUCCUCCCGGGGGUCUGGGUAGGGGGGGGGCUGGGGAGCAGUGUCUCUGUGAUCCCUCCGCGGUAGAGGGGGGGGGGGGGGGGGGGGGGGCGGAGUCGGUUGUAGAAAAAUAAAACGGGCGCGGGGGAGGAGGACACACACACACACACGCGCACACACACACGCUCAGAUCGCCUCAGACCCAACGACAACACUCUGACUCACUUUGAUCUGGAAAACAACAAUUAAUCCCUAAGAAAGCUUAAAUAAAUGAAAUCAUUAUCUACUCUUAUUACAGUAUAACAAAGUGAUUAUUACCAACUAAAAUCACUGUCAUAUUCCAUUAAAUUGUGCAUUUGAUAAUUUGUUGAGUAAUUGGUUGACUCGCCAAUCUGUAACUGAUGCUUUGAAACCAUGGCAACAUGAUCUCCCUCAUGAGCGGCCAUCUUAGUUAGGAUGCGGUUGCUCACCGCAUAACGUUGGUUUAACGUGUGGUUUUAUAAUGUUUAAGAUGUUUAAUAUGAUAUUAUUAGGAUUAUUAAGGGGCCGUAAUCCAGACCGUUGUUCUUGUCCCUAAUUAAUCCUUCUUUAAUCCUAUGUAAUAUAUAUAUAUAUAUAAAAUAAUCAUUAUCACAUCAGUCUUUUUGGAAAAUAUUUUAGAGUUGCUGGAAUACACUGGUUUUGUGGGAUUUAUAAUUAACAUAUUACAAGCUGUUUUUUUCUUUUUGCCGUCAAUAAAGUUUCCAAGUCCCAA